GAGAGAGAGAAGCUGAGACGAGAAGAUGACAGAGGCAGUGAUUAGGAAUAAGCCGGGUAUGGCGAGUGUGAAGGAGAUGCCUCUCCUACAGGACGGACCCCCGCCGGGUGGAUUUCCUCCAGUCCGCUACGCUCGUCGCAUCCCUAAUACGGGCCCCAGCGCUGUUGCCAUCUUCUUGACUACCUUUGGUGCCUUCUGCUGGGGCAUGUAUCAGGUCGGCAAAGGCAACAAGAUUAGGAGGGUGAUCAAGGAAGAGAAAUAUGCUGCUCGCCAAGCAAUACUACCCAUGCUUCAAGCAGAAGAGGAUGAAAGAUUUGUUAAAGAGUGGAAAAAAUAUCUGGAGGAGGAAGCCCGGAUAAUGAAGGACGUGCCUCGUUGGAAAGUUGGUGAAAAUGUCUACCAUUCUGGGAGAUGGAUGCCCCCUGCAACUGGUGAGCUCCGUCCUGAUGUUUGGUGAGAAGCAUGCUAAACAGACUUUUUGUUUGUCCCUAUUAGAAAAUUUUGGAAUUUUCUUGUGGUGUAUGGUUUGGAUAAGUCAUUUAACUAUGAGAAUCUUGUUCUUCUAUGGCAAGUUCUUUGCAUUCCAUGUUGGUCCCUCUCCUGUUUGAGGAAAGGAAGGAUAAUCUAUUGGGAUGGGAAUAAUAUCUUGGGACAGUUUCUAUGUUAA